AUGCAGUUUCCUCCCCAUUACUGCGAGUUCAUUCCAGAUGACUCUACAAUCCUCGACGAUUGGAUGACCACCUACAAAGAGCGCGUCAAUUUCAACUUUUUCCGGCCACCGGUGAUUUUCGAAAUGCAAGGUACAUCGAAGCAGUCUCUGACUCUUCCGGUACCCCCGCGACUAUCUGUGAUAAAAACUAAAGCUUCAUCUCGUGGCGCUGCUGAAACGACCCUUGCCGACUCCGAGGCGGACAAGAAACCUCUGUGUCCUGAAGUCCGCCAAAAUCACUCAGUCUGUGAUAUCGGUGAGACGUUACCCCUAUGA